AUGACAUCCAACGAGAGCAGAACUGUUGACAAUCCCAUUGAAUUCGAUGAUCGAAUGAGAAACAAUUCGCUCGACGAUCAACAGUGCACAAACAAACCUCUUGAUCAUCAUCGUGAAAACAACGAAGAUCUCGUUGAUUUUCACAGGGGACGUGAUAGUUCUUCACUCGACCAAGACGAGGAUCACGAACAAUUUGCUCGUCAAGUAGUUCGACAAUCGAAGGACAACGGUGUUGAACUUCGGCUUUGA